AUGUUGGGAUUUCAAUAUAAGUGUUAUAUUGUGUUUAUAUUGCUUAUUGAUAUGGUUGUAUCUUAUGAUCAAUGUAAUUUAACAAGUCCUUUGUCAACGAAUGCAACAAUAACGAGUUCCUGUUCGCAAUCAAAUGUUUUACAAAUUGAAAACACAUCAACACAAGUCAUUUUGAAAAUCAUGAAUAAUGCUGAAAUCAAUUUAGAUGACAUUUUAAAUUUAAAAACAAAUUCCAAUUUAAUAAUGAUUGACUCAAGUUCAUUAAUUGUUGUACAACAAGUUGCAUUUAAAAACAAUUCUAUUAUACUUAUGCAAGAUAACACAGUAUUUAAGUGUAGACAAAUGACUACAUUUUUUAAUACCGCCCAUCUCACAAUGGAUGGUAAAUCUGUUACAAAUAUCAAUACUAAUUUACAGCUUUAUUCAAAUUCGAAAAUUGAAAUGAAAGGCUACUCUAAAAUAUACACAGAAUAUCCGAAUUAUAUAAACGAUAAUUCGAUUUUUAUUCUUGAAGGUAAUUCCAAUUUUACAUCAAAAGGCUCUAUAUCGUUUAAUAACAAUGUAUCUUUAACAAUGAAAAAUAUGUCUUUAAUGCACAUGUAUUCUUAUAUCACAUUUUUGGAAAAUUCAAACUUAUUUGUUAAAGAUAAUUCUCAGAUACAAAGUGGUAGUCAGUUCAAAUGUAGUGGAUUUUUUACUGGAAUAAUUGAAGGAAACGCGAAGAUAACAGCAAAUAUUAUAAAUUUCGAUAAAAAUUCUCGAUUGUAUUGUAACGGAAACUCGGAGUUAAUUUCUUUUAGCACUUUAAGUGUUUAUGAAAAUUCAUUUAUUUCACUUAAAGAAAAAGCAAAAAUGAAAGUUUUGUUUUCGCUUUUAAUGUAUAAUAGUUCAUCAAUCAAUUUAAAUGGAAACGCAAAAGUUACUGUAACCAAAUCGAGUGAAAUUGCAAACGGAAUUGUGUUAAUGUCAGAUAAUUCAUUUAUCAACACUCCGUAUUUUAACAUGCAUCCAAAUGGUAAACUAGUGUUAGAUGGUGUAAAUGGAAUACCAACUGUCAAUUGUUCUUCAUUUGUGUGCUCUCAAGGAAUUGUUAAUAUAACUUAUAAUUCAAUUAUAUAUGUGGAUACUUCAACAAAUAUGAAUAACUGCAAUUUCUUCCUUACAAAUCGAACGAUAAGAGACUUCCCUCUUUUCUUUGUGAAUUCUUUUAAUUUGGCUGAUAACAAUUAUGUGACCAAUAAUUGGAAUUUCGAUUUGGUUUACUCAAAAACCCCAGUUGUUAGCGCUUCACAAACCAAUUUAUUAUUAGACGGCCAUUUAUAUAGAAAUGGAAAUUCAAAGAAAAUAUUUUGUCACUUGAAUCAAUUCGAUUCUACGACGAAUACAAUGAGUUAUACCGAACCAUAUUGCCCAUGUGAAGAUAAAGAGGAUUGGUAUAUUACUCCAUUCGCAAAUAUCACAUUUUUAAAAAUCACUGUUGACUCUACAAAAAACUAUAAAAACAAGAAUAUUAAAAAAGUUGAUGACGAUUUUACUGAUGAAAGUGCCACAAUUGGUAAUACUCAAAUUUCUUUUUUCAAAACAAAUAAUAUGAUUGUUCAAAUUACUUCAAAAAUAUCAGUUAAACUGGAAUUAUAUUCACUCACCAAAAAAGUCCUAUUUAUUUCAGAAACUAAACUGGUUUAUGGAAAUGUUAAAUACAACACCGCACUAAACACUAAAAAUGGAAUAAAAAUAAUAAGUGGUGUUGAGUGUGGAAAUGGAUUAUACAACAAAUCGUCACAACAGUGCCAUAUUUUAAAUGAUUGUGAUGUUUCAAAUUGUAAAUAUUGCCCAAACGACAGAAGUGUUUGUGAAGUAUGUCAAUCAACUUACGAACUUAUUGAUGGGAAUUGCAUAAAAAAUGAAAAUUGUUUAUUUUCGACAUCCAAUUGGUGUAAAAAGUGUUUGAAUGGUUUUUACAUGAAGAAUGGAAAUUGUGAAAAAGUGACCGACUGUAAUGUAAUCAAAAUAGAUGGGACUUGUCAAAUAUGUGAAAACAACAAUAAGAAAAUGUUGAAUUUGAAUGGAGAGUGUAUUGAAAGUGAUAAAACCAAAGUUGAGACAACAAGUGAUACAAAUAUAAAUACAUGUAAAAAUGGAUAUUUUUUAAAUAUAAAUAUUUGCGAAAAAUGCGUUAACUCUUCUUUGUGUGAAAAUGGGCGAGUAACAAAAUGUGACACAAACAAUGAAAUGAGUAUCAAUAGAAAUUGUGAUAUCAAAAAUUGUGAAAUUCCAAAUGACACAAAUGGGAGGUGCAACAAAGAAAUAAUUAAUUGUACAAUACUUACCAAUGCAAAAUGUGAAGAAUGUGAUAACAACUUUAUUUUAUCACAAAACAAAUGUGAAAAUAGAGGUGAUAUUCGUUGUGAGGUACAAAAUAGUAUUGGAUGUAUAAAAUGUAAAGAUUCAUAUUUUUAUGAUAAAAAUACAAAGAAUUGCGAGAAAUGUGACAGUACUUGUUUGACUUGUUUUGAUAAUGAAACUACAUGUUUGAGUUGCAAAAGUGGCAUGUAUUUGUCAGAUUACAAAUGCAACACAAAUAAAGACUUACAAGUAAAAUGUUUACAAUUCGCAAGUUUUGGGAGUGGUUGUGUCGUUUGCAAAGAUGGGUAUUACCGAGUUGGUCUUGAUUGUUUUGAGUGUGAUUUAAAUUGUGAGACUUGCAACGACAAGAAAAAUUGUUACACGUGUAAUAAAACAAAUUACAAAACAAAUGGAGGUGACUGUUUGCCACAAGGUGGAAUAGUUGGAUGUGCUGUGAAUGUUACACAAAGUGGGUGUUCAAAAUGUCAAGAUGGGUAUUAUUUAGUCAACACAAACGAGUGUAAUAAAUGCGAUGACAACUGCAAUACGUGCACAACAACAGGCAACAAAUGCACUUCUUGUGUAAAUUCACUUGU